UGUUCUAUCAAUAAAUUGUACAAUAUAUUUGUUUUACUGUGCUAACUUAUCUAUGUUUGAUGCACAACGUUUUCUUAAAUAUUUGAUGAGAUACAGUGGUAAAGAUGAACCAGAAGCGUAAAGAUCUGAUUCGUGGAUUAUCUGUUGUUGCUGGGGCGUUCAUGGUCCAUUUUAGUCUGGGACACUUCUACACCAUAUCAAAUAUGGCUACAUAUAUUAUAUCAUACAUAUAUGCGAGGGUUGAUAGCAGUAUUACUGAUCGUGAAGCUGUGUGGUUAUCUGCACUUGGCCUUGGAUGUCAGGGUAUUGGAAUGCCUAUUGGUGGCCUGCUAGCAGUAAAAUUCGGACCUACAGCGGUUAUGAUUUUAACUUUGCUUACUGGCAGUGGGAGCAUUUUAUUGACUUACGUUACCAUACAGAAAACGUUUAUCGGAGUAGUUUUUACAGUUGGAAUUAUAUUUGGACUGGCAAUGGGAAUUGGUUACUCAGUUGCGAUUGCUUGCGCUGUAUCUUGGUUUCCAGAUAGAAGAGGAUUAGUCGUUGGAAUAAUUGUUGGUGGAUUUGGUUUGGGAUCUUUAGUAUUUACUCCAAUUCAAACUGCGUACAUUAACCCGCACAACAUAAAUGUAAAUCAGACAACACGGCGUUUUUCUGAUGAUGAACUUCUGGACAGAAUUCCAUAUGCCUUCUUGGUGUUGGGUUCAAUAUUAGCAGCGUUGCAGUUAGCAGGGUGUAUCCUAAUUCGUAUGAAGCCAAAGCCGAAAGAAGAAGAAGAACAUGACGGAGUUCAUGAUGUAUCUACAGAUCCUAAAACAAAGAAGCUGGUUUCUGAUAGUCAACAGGCUCACCCUGCAGAAGUAGACGUAUCAACGAAAAAGAUGUUCCGUCAUAUUGACUAUUAUCUUUUAUUUACAAUGAUGUUCUUGAAUUGUUUUCCAACGUCAGUUCUUACAAGCUCCUUGAAAAUAUUUGGACAAACCCAUAUUACGGAUGACAGAUUUUUGUCGUCUAUUGCGGCAGUCACUUCACUUUUCAAUUGUGGUGGUCGUGUUGCUUGGGGUGCAAUAGUAGAUCGUUUUUCAUUCAAGAAUUCUCAAUGGAGUUGUUGAUGCUCUCAUGAGUAUGAUAAAUAAUCUUAUAUCUCUUAAUUUUAUGAAGCUGUUCGCUCACGUGCGAAGAUGAAUUUGUAACUGCCAUUAAAUAUAUGUACGAAUUAUCAGUACAAGAAUAUUCUUGUUACUGCAUUUUGUUUUACUGUCAAAAUUGUCCCACUUCUUAUGUUGUACAUUUUAGAUACCUAUUUGCAUUCAACUGUCUAUCUGGGGAGUGUUCUUGUUCACUUUUCCACUCAUGUCAUACACCUCUGGAGUCCUGCUAAAAGUAAUGUUCAGCAUUUGGGCAUGUUCCUUAUUCUUCUUUUUGUCCGGUGUAUUUUCAAUGAUGCCUGCUGCAACGGGAGCUAUAUUUGGUCCAGCACAUUUAGCUGUCAACUAUGGAAUGGUUUAUCUUGGUUUUGCAUUUGGAUCAAUACUUUCUCUGAUGGUAACAUUGUUCUGGAAGUCAACUCCUGAAGUUUUCUUCAGCGUAUCUGGUUGUGUGUGUUUACUCACUCUUUCUUUAGCCAUUUGGUUGGAUGACAAGAAGAUACCAAAACGUUUGUCUUUUAUGAAAUGGUUUUCAAAUCAUUGCCUGGUCUACCGUGUAAAUCCAUUUUCAAUAGAGACUGUAGAUCCAGAAGUGUGAGGUACAACGCUUACCAUCAAAUUAUCUCUUGCUGUUCGGCUGUACAAUGUGUACAUACGUCAUGAUAAUUUACAUUGGUUAUUUUCUGUUUUAGUAAAGUAGUAUAAACAUAUAUAUAUUUUAUACAUUUAGCUACCUAUUUCCAGUAGAGAUUUCGUACAUUUUGUGCUUUUCCUAACAUUAAUCAUAUCUAAUUUUUACAACCUUUUUUAACACUUAUUAACUACAUUAUGCUAUUCGAAAAUCGAACCAACUGACAAUAUCAAUUUUCGUUUUAUAUUUAUACAACUUUCCCUUUAAUUAUGUUAUGCUGUGAAACACUGGUAUUAUGCUAAAGGGAAAGAUUUAAGAAAAUUUAUAUUUUCUAUUUACUUUUCUACUUUUGUCAAUAUCUUGUUACUUUCGACUACAAAAAGAAUUUUAAUUUCUAUUUUCAAACUUAUAUAUAUAUAUAUACAUCAUGAUGCCGCUAUACUAAAAUUUAGAGUUCCCACCCACUCGUUCCUUUCUUUUGAAUACACAAUAUAUAUAUAUACCUUUAAUUUACUGAAAGAUUUAAGAUGAAGCAUACUUUAUACUUCGAAAAUUAUUCUCCUGUCUGAAUGUUAUUCAGGCAGCUUUUGUAACUGAAUAAAUAUCACAUUAGUAAUGGAAGUGACUUUCAUGUGCAGCUUACUGAUGAGUCUUUCUUACAAAAAUUGGUAUAUUGUCUGCAAAAUUAUUCAGUUAUUUCGAAAUUCUUGGAGCUAAGGGUUGUUAAUGAAUCUGGUUUAGUAAACACCAACAUGUGUGAACUUUUUGAUUUUAAUUUUAGUAAAUAAAAUAUUUGUAUUUCACUAAUAAACUGUCAUUUUAGUUCUGUUCAACCGUGGUUGAUAAGCAUGUUGUAACAUAUUCCAGAAACUGACUGAAUAAUCAGCCAUUGAAACAAUUUUCUCAAUGUAGUAACUGUGCGAAUGAAAUGAAGUAAAAGUUGGUACCUCGGGAAAUAAAUUUUCUCCAUAUCUGUCCACUUACCUAUGGUUCUUCAUGAAUAUAGUUUAAGAAUUAAGAACGGUAACACUGUUGUAGAAAUUCUUUCACUUUCUACUGAUGUUCAGGGUUUAUAUUAAUUUGUUUUUGUGGGUAACUGGUGUAGCAAUAAU